CGCAAUCUGAUUGCUUUGUUUUCCUCUGCAGAGCUCGAGCCCUCAGACAGAAGCCCCAAAAGAAAUCAUGACACCAUCUCUACAUCCAGAACUGACAGCUCUGCCUUUAGAAAACCCUGGUGCCUCUACUGAGAAGGGCAAUGAUGUUCCCAGUGCUUCAGUCCCAACUAUUGUUAUCUCCCAAUAUAAUUCUUCUUCAGAACCGCCUGAGAAAGCAGAAAUCGAAAAGGAGCCGCAGUCUGCUGCUAACUCGGACCCUUCAAACGAAAACUGUUCCCAAGACAUACCAGAAGACUCUGAUAAUCCCUUAACCUCUCACUUUAAAAUUAUUUUCAAAGGACUGACCCGUUCCAGGUCACAAGAGUCUCUGGUCACGACAAGGAACAGCAGAGAUGAAGACCCACCUGAUUCAGACUCCACGCCACACAACAGCCAAAUCAGAGGCGUGCAGGGGGAGAUCGCAGAAGGCCCGUCUUUGCUUCAUUCCAGUGUAAGGUCAAAUAAAAAGGAGAACAUAUGUUUCAAGAUGUCAAGUGGAGUGAACAAGGCUAAAGGGAAGGAUCAGGGCACUUCACCGAGAGGGGAGAACUCCCAGUGUCGGAAGAGCCAAGUCGGCAGGGAGCAGCUGGAGGCGACCAAAGCCAUAUUUGAUCUGCUGAAAGAAAUAUCUGGGAACUCCAUCCUUGUAAACAUAUUUGAUGCCAUUUUGAAACCUGUUAUGCCCAUCCUAAAAAAAAAAGUGAACUCUUUCCUAAACAAGAUGAACCCGACAGAAGUGCAGAUAGCCGCAUACAUCGACACCCUGCGUGAAAAACAGUGGCCAGAUUUUCAACCCGCAGCUCCUCCUCCUCCUCCUCCUCCUCCUCGCACUGAUGAGGAGAAGACCAAGACCAGGGAUAGAGCACACAAUCUAAUCAAUGCCAGAUAUUCAAACUAUCUUAUCCUGAAGAAGACAGAUAUGGAGUCUGUUUUUAAUAUUUUCCAGGACGGUGAAAAAAACAAAAUGCUGGUAUAUAUGCUCCUGUCAUUCCUAUUAAGGGAAUUUUUUCCCAAUGAGCAUUCCCUAAAUGUGAGCGCCGCUGCCCUGCAGAAAGUGACCAACUCCACCAGCUGAUCUGAAUCCUUGAUUGUGUUUUUAAUUGUACUUUUUUAAAACAUAAAAUUAUUUAUUAAACAUCUGAAAAUGCCUUGGAAUAUUUGUGGCAAACAUACUGGGAACAUUUUGUGAAUUUCCUUUUUAUUUUGUAUAUUGAACUUUGUAAGUUAUAAACCCUGACUUAAAUGUGUGUGAAAUCAGAAACCUUUGUGGGAGCUGGCUUACUACUUAAUUGUAAAACUCAUUGUAAAAAGUAAAUCUUUCAUAUUUACAGUUUGAAUUUCACCCAUCACGUUUUAAUGCAAAGUAAUUUAAAUUUUCUAAAAUAUUUUGCAUCACUUUGAGCACUUUUGUGUGAUGAGUGUUUGUUUUCUGAGUUAAGUGAGUUUUAGAAUAUCCCACAAUUACAAUUCACCUAAAUCUGUCAAAGUGGACAGUACCGCUAUCAAAGGAAGCUGUUAAUGUAAAUAACUUGGAAUUUAUUUCAAAUAAAAUAUUUUACUGAAAAGUC